AUGGAGCAGGUUUGUGCACUGGAAGGCCACAAUGAGCGUGUGUGGCACGUUUCGUGGCGCUUUGACAGCAAGUUAUUGGCAUCUUGUAGUGGAGAUCGUACCAUUCGUCUCUGGGCAGCUAAUAGUAGCGGCGUCUGGGAGUGCGUGGGUAUCUUGGAGGACGCACAGGGUCGGACUAUUCGAGCCUGCGAGUGGUCACCAGAUGGUCGCUACUUAGCGUCCGUGAGCUUUGAUGCCACGGCAGUUAUAUGGGAGAAGCAAGGCAGUUCAUACGAAGUCAUUGCGAGUCUGGAGGGCCAUGAGAGCGAGGUGAAGAGCGUGGCCUGGAGUCCGUCAGGAGAUUAUUUGGCAACCUGCAGUCGUGACAAGAGUGUCUGGAUCUGGGAAGCUGAUGCUGACACGGACUUUGAGUGUAUCUCGGUGCUCCACGGUCAUACGCAAGACGUCAAGUGCGUGGCUUGGCAUCCAACCGAGAACCUCCUCGUGUCGACAAGCUACGAUGACACUAUCCGUAUAUGGGCGGAGAACGAAGACGACUGGUACUGCAAAGAGACGCUGACAGGCCACACGGCGACGGUGUGGGGAGUUGCAUUGAAUUCACAGGGCACUGAGAUGGUGUCGGUAUCGGAUGACAAAGACAUGAAAGUGUGGCAGUAUGACGCCAACAGUAAGGACGUGAAUGAGGACGGAAGCUUGAAGCAAUGGAAAGAGACGUCGACCCUUUCCGACUUUCACGAACGCACCAUCUUCAGUGUAGACUGGUCCAAGCAUGAGAAUGUUGUCGUUACAGGUGCUGGUGACAAUGCCAUCCGAGUGUUUCGCGGCCAGUCGACAGGAACAUCAUCCUCUUUCGACCUAGUAGUUGACCAGAAACAGGCACAUGCGAGCGACAUUAACUGCGUACGAUGGAGUCCACAACUUUUGGAAGAAAAUGGUACAAAGACGUUGUUGCUCGCUUCUGCUGGUGACGAUGCUCUCGUACGCAUCUGGAAGUUCCACUUGCCUUAA